AUGCCCCCUAAGCGUCGAUUCUACAAGCGUCGACCCAAACACAAGACCCCGAUCCCUGAUGAUAUUACUGAAUCUGAGUCGCUUGCUACGCCCUCCGACGUCCAUAAGGCAAAGAAGGUAAAGUGGAGAGAACAGGAAGACCCCGAUACCCCAGGAAAGGCAACGGCGAGCCAUGCCGACUCUUCCGACGAAGAGGAUUUGGUUGUUGCCGAGAAGGUUUGCCUCACCGCGUUCUGCCAAUACGGUCGUCUUGGGUGCGCCUACUACGACCCUGUGAAACGUAUCAUCUAUGCUCUCGAAGACACACAAGAAGGAUCGCACUACGACUUGAUCAAAAUGGUCCUUGAGCAAGCCUCUGCGGAUGUUAUUCUUACAAGUUCUCGGUCGGAUGACGGGUUUAUCGACUGUCUACAGGAACAUAGUAUCGGAACCUCAAGCACGUUUCAGAUACGUCCUCACAAAGACUUCACCCCUCAAAAGGGUCGUGAUCGACUACAGUCCUUGGAGCUUCUAGCUCAAGUUCCCGGUGGCAACCACGAGCAAGGCUCUUCCGACGAUUCCGAGUCUACCAUGAGCUCAGGCUUGCCUGCCCGAAAUGCGUACGAUUUUAUGAAACGCCGCGGUGCCCCCGUCGGGGAUCCAACUCGUCGCAGGUGGGGGGCCUCCAUACGGAUGUCUAACUUCGUUGCUGCAGACUCGUCACCCUUAUGCAUGUCCUCUAUUGGUGCGCUUAUUGACCAGCUCGUUCGUGAAAGGAUAGCGAGAGAUUUAGACGACGACCCAUUGGCUGCUAUCGACGUCAGAGAUAUCGAAGCCCUCACUCUAACUGAAGAAAUGCACAUCAAUGCGGACGCUCUAUUCUCUUUGCAAGUAUUCGAGAAUGAGAGUCACGCUUCAAUACACUCGAACCGUUCAAAAGAAGGGCUAUCGUUAUUCGGCAUAUUGAAUACAACUCACACAACCCUAGGCCGCUCACUACUAAGGACCUGGUUCCUUCGCCCGUCUCUUUCUAUCCCCGUGAUAACGGCCCGUCACGACGCUGUGGAGUGCUUGAACAAUCCAGAAAACCUGUUGACGUCCGGUGUGAUGCGUAAACACCUCAAAGGGAUCAAGAACAUGCCUCAGAUCAGCAAUACCCUCAAAGUUGGUAGAGCCAAGUUGUCCGAUUGGCAAGGGUUGGUGAAAUUCACUUUCCAUGCUACGAUGCUGAGAGAAGCGAUCUCUGAGCUCCAACACGGUGCACACGUUCCGGUCGUGAAGAAGCUUAUCGAAGCCUUGGAUGUGUCGAGUUUCAAAGAACUCGGGACGGCAGUAAAUGAAAUAAUCGAUUGGGAAGAGUCCGCCUCCACAGGACGUGUCUGUGUACGGCCACAAAUCGAUGAAGAACUCGAUAGCCGAAAACAUGUUUACUACGGGAUUGAUGCAGUCCUGUCCCAAGUGGCGGGAGAGAUUUGCAGCAAAGUGCCUGAGCGCUAUACGUCGUUGAACGUUGUGUAUUUCCCCCAGUUAGGUUAUCUUAUAUGUGUUCCGAUGCUUGAAGAAUGGAAAGGCGAAGGGGGCAUUGAGGCCAUUGACGGAUGGGUCUUUCAAUUCUCUUCUAAUGACUACGUGUAUUUUAAGUCACAAGAAAUGCGCGACAUGGAUACCCAUAUCGGUGAUCUCCACUCUGCGAUAGUUGAUCGCGAAAUAGAGGUAAUUCAAGACCUCCUCGAGCGCAUCCUUGUACACAUGGAUGGCAUCAAUCACGCUUGUGACGUCUGUGCCGAGCUCGACUGUUUGCUCGCGUUCGCUCAAGCAUCAAUUGCCUACAACUACAAGAGACCUUACAUGGUGGACGAGAACAUCAUCGAUAUUUCACAGGGCAGACAUCCUCUGCACGAACAGAUUGUGGAUACGUUCGUCCCUAACGACUGUUAUGUAUCAGGAUCAAAGGGCUUCAAUGUGCGCCGUGGCGUAGACGAAGGUCACAGCAUUAUUCUGUGCACUGGGGCAAAUGGAUGCGGCAAGAGCGUAUACCUAAAACAGAUAGCGUUAAUCCAGUACAUGGCGCAAAUUGGGUGCUUCGUCCCAGCCGAAUCGGCAACCCUAGGAAUAGUGGAUAAAAUUUUCACCCGCGUAUCGACUAGGGAGUCCGUCUCUAAAGCACAGUCUUCCUUUAUGAUUGACCUCAACCAGGUCUCUCUCGCUCUACGCAAUAGCACCGAGAGGUCUCUGAUACUUUUGGACGAAUUCGGAAAAGGAACACUAUCUACUGAUGGCGCUGGCCUUUUUUGCGGAGUUAUCCACCAUCUGUUAAGCAGGGGCACCGGUUGUCCGAAGGUAUUGGCUGCAACUCACUUCCACGAUGUGUUCCAUCAAGAUAUCAUGGAUGCCAAUACGCUGCCCAUCACUUUCCUUCAUAUGCAGAUCAUGUUUGUGCCUGCAGAUGGAGAUGCUUUCACGCUCGGAUCGCACGAGUCUCAGUCCUUACAGCGGAUGACGUAUCUCUAUCGUGUUGCUCCUGGCCUUUCCACCGAGUCUCACGCAGCCAAAUGCGCUGAAGUUUGCGGGCUACCGUUGCGCUACGUCCAGAGGGCGCAGUACGUUAGUGAGCUAAUUUCAAGACACGAGAUAGUUCAAUUACUCGAUGAAGAAAUGACGGAAGAGGAAAGACGGGAGUUGGAGGAUGCUGAGGCAGUGUGCAGGAGAUUUAUCGCUUGGGAUCUAGAAGCAGAAGCAGCAGACCCAAGUGACAUACACGGAAAACUGGCAACAGUGCUAGGGAUUGCUUUGGAUGACGACGGGACCUCCGAAGAUCGUUGA